AUGACAAUUUGUUCAGUUUCGGACAAUAUCCAUCGGCUGGACGGUGUUCACCACUGGUCCGAUCAGUACGGCAACCAUGGCACCGAGCUUGUCACGCAUCACGAAAUCGCGGCCCGGAUGAUUCAGACCCCAGGACUUUUUGGCCCCUCAUCAAUGAGAGAAGGGGGUGCAUGCGAGCUUGCAAAAUACUUUGAUACGGGAUCAUCAAAAGUCAGACGAUCCCUCUGCGUCAUCAUUGACGGGAAACUGCCCCAAAAACGAAGAGAUGAAAUCACUCGCUACUUUGAGCACUAUGAGAGCAAAGGGGUGAUAGAAGGACAUAUUAAUGUGGUCAUGACGGUAAAUGACGGUGAAAAGAAUUUCAAAGCCGUCUCCAAAAUUAUCCUCGCCGCGAAAAAGGUUGGCCUGAAGAGACGAGACUUGUUUGUCGCUAUUGGCAGUCAGCCUCUGGCCGAUCUUGUCGGCUUCGCUGCCGGCACAUAUCGCCGCUCAACACCCUGGAUCCUCAUCUCGACCGACAUUCUCGGCACCGUCCGGUCAUCUCUAUCAACCAAUAGUCUUUCGAUUGACUACAACGCCGAGACCGGUGUGCGGCACAAUCGGCUCCUAUCAUUUGUGCAUCCGCCGUUGGUCGGCUUCUACGAUCCGAGAGACGUGUGCUCAGCUGAGCCCGGCGAUAUGCGUAGAGGCAUGGCGGAGCUGAUCAGACUUGGCGUUUUGGAGAAUGGAGAGCUGCUGUCGUAUAUUGAAGCCAACGCAGCGGCAAUAGUACCCAGUGCUGAUGAUGAUGGCGUCGCCGGACAUGAGCUGGUGCAGGCAGUCGAGAUGGCCAUUGACACACUGGCUCGUCGGCAAUACCCCGUCGACAUGGCGGAAAAGCACAUCAAGAUCUUGUCUUUGGGACUGGGCAGCGAAACUGUGUCGGUACUGCAGCAACUCCUCGACAGCCAUGAUGAAGACGCCGAGUUCAUGGUUACCGGCGCCGCCUUUAUGGCGGCCCUGUCGGUUGUCAAGGGCAGUCUCAAACACGGCGACUUGAAAAGGUACAUCGACGUCAUGGUGAAGCUGAGGUUCCGUGUAUUUCACCAUGGAAUGCAAUCACCGUCCUUUUGGUCCGUCUUUGUCGAGGAAACGAGGGACCGUGGAUCCUCCCUCGUCAUCCCUGCUGGCGGCGGCGGGACGUAUGACUUUUUGUCCUUGUCCGAGGUGCUCGCUCAUGACGUGCAAGACGCAGUCUAUCUGCUGCAGUGUUUCUGCCUGUUCUCCAGCGCCAAUGGUAAUUCUGCCGCCAGAAGCGUGGGCUUUACAGCUCCCAUCACCACGCGUCCGAAGCUGCGCGAGCAAAGGGCAGCAACGCGCAUCUCAUACCAUGUUGCCACAACUCCCAAUCUUUUCGACGCCAACAACCCAACGCUGAUCCAAAGCUACUGCGUGGACAAGGAAUAUACAUCUUGCCCCGGCGCCCCCAAGAAACGGGCUUUGAUCGUCGUCGACCGCAACAUUGGGGAGGCGGCCCUGGCAAAGACCCGGGCGUACUUCAAGGCCCACGCUGCGUCCCUCGACGACUUUACCUUUCACGAGGUCAAUGUUUCGAGCGUGGCAAAGGACAUGACGGCCACCUUUGAGAUUGUCGAGGCAGCCAUCAACUUUGGCAUUUCGCCCAACGACGUCUUCAUCGUCAUUGGAGGAGGCACAAUCAUGGACGUCAUUGGCUUCGUGGCGGCCAUGUUCAAGAAUGGCGUCCCAUACGUGCGUAUUGCUACUACGCUCGUUGGCAUGAUUGACGCAGGAAUCGGCGCCAAGGUCGGUGUCAAUUUCCAUCACCACAAGAACCUGGUCGGCCGCUACUAUGCUCCUCUGGCCUGUCUGAAUGAUCCUGCCGCGUUCCUGCCCACGCUGCCCAAGCGCGACUUUGCGUGCGGACUGGCCGAGGCCGUUAAAAUGGCCCUCAUCAAGAGCCCCAGGCUGUUUGAGGUGGUUGAAAAGUACCACGGCACUCUGACGCAAAACGAACAUACGCCCGAGGUUCUGCAGAUUGCUAUCCAGACCAUGCUGGAGGAGCUACAGCCAAACCUCCAUGAAACGAGUCUGGUGCGAUUAGUCGAUUUUGGCCAUGAAUUCGGGCACAUUAUCGAGUCGCUUGCCCAGUAUGAGCUUCCUCAUGGCGAAUGCGUCUCCAUUGGCAUGUCCAUCUCCUCACAUCUGGCCCAUGUCAAGGGCAGGCUGUCCUACGCCGAGCUCGAGGCGAUACUCGACUGCCUCUUGUCGCUCGGCCUGCCCGUCUACACGACCGAGCACGACUGCUGCAGCGGCCGGACUCUGUGGGCCAAGAUCAGCACCGAGGGAAUCGAGCACAAGGAUGGAAAGCUGCUCCUCGCCAUUCCGGAAAAGAUUGGAACGGGUGCCUUUAUCGAUGAAAUUCUGGACAUUAGUGCCGACAUGGUGGAAAAGACGAUGGGUUUCCUGCAAGAGUAUCAAGGCGCCCGUGGCAGAGCUGCUGCGACCACGAAUGGCAGUGUCCAGCCCAUGGACCAGGUCGUCACUGUCAUUGGUGCUUCGGGUAACAUUGGAGCAUCUUUGGUGCAGCAACUGGUACAAAUUGGCCUUGAAGUCAAGAGCAUGGUUCGUCCCGAAUCCGUCGACAAGCUGCUGCAGCGACUCGACGGCAGCCUGGAGACGCACAGCGUCGUCGCAGGUGAUUUCAUGGACUUGGUCAACCUGGAAAAGACCAUUGGAGAGUCUACAGUCAUAUUCAACACGGUAGGCGUGGUUACUCUAAAGUCUCGUCCCGAAGACUACGCCAAGGUCAUUGCUGUCAACGGCUUUGCCCAAGGAGUCAUUGCACACCUGGCCCGACGGAUGCACAAAGACAAGGACCUCAAGAUUAUUUUCCCUUCCACUCAGCGUGUCCACAUCAUUGGAAAGAACACUGAUGCCACGGCAUGGAUUCGCAAUGCCAAGUCUGCCUUUGAGCGCUGUUGCGCCAGCUGCUUGGCCGCUGCCAAUGUCUUGGCCGCACUGGAGCUCUUUUCGCAGACGCUGCUGGCCCUCUGCCCGGUUCCUCAGGGCGUCAAUGUCUAUGAGCUCUCCAAGCUUCUGGGCGAAAGUUUCGUCGCCGACAUGCCGCGAGGCGUAUCGCUGCGCAUCUCCGGCGUCUACGGUCCCGGGUUCACCGGGGGAUUCGUGCACCGCGCCCUGAGCCCCAAAUCGCAGCACAGCGUGGAGGCGGUGGCGGAGAAGCGAGACUUUAUCUUUGUCGACGAUUUGAUAGACAUUCUACUAAAGAUGAUUGCUUCUCCCGUUGAUGAAAGUGCCCGACGAGAGUUUGACGUGGCUUCGGGCGAGAGCGUCGACUUGGAGCAUCUGUGGAACAUGGCGCGCGGAAUCCUUGGCGAUGAUGCGACAGUCACUUUCACAGAGAGCGCGACCAAUGACGUAUUUGUGCUCGAUACCGCCACGGCCGAGAAGCUGCUAGCGAGACCAUUCACAACUUUGCAGGCAGGGCUGCAAAAGACGAUGAGCAGCCUGCUUGGAUCCAACACCAGCGAGUCUUCUUCGGCCCUGGGAAGCCCCUGGAACAUGGCAACGAGAAGCAGCUCGGCCAGCACGCCCGGCGAGCCAGUGUCGCCGCCGCGGGGUCUCGCGCCCGUUCCAAACAGCAUCGUUUUUGAUGUGGGCUCGACAACGUUGCGGAUUGCCGUGCUCAGUCUCGACGGGCUUCCGCUCGGCACGCCUGUCCGAGUGCCGAGCCCUAGCCGUCAAUCCCACCCCGGCUUGCCGACCGAGAUGCUGCAAAAGAAGCUGCUCGAGGAGAUUGCCGCCCGCGUCGAUUCGGCCAAGGCUGAAUAUCCAGACGACGCCCUGGAAGAGGUUGGCAUUUCUCUGGGGGCCGUGGUGGACAGGGCUGGCAUUGUCCAAGAUGCGAGUAUACUAUGGGGCGAGCCUGCCUGCGGAUACAAUCUUUUGCAGGCGUUGAAGAUGCAGAUUCCCGGCAUGCGAUUCACCAUUCUCAACGACAUCUCUGCUGCUGCCUGGCGCUACCACACCGAGGGACGCUUCUGUCUCAUCACGGUAAGCUCCGGGCUCAGCAACAAGGUCAUGAACCUCGACUUGCAGAAUCCAGACCGCUUAGACACGGGCCCGCAGGGGAUUGGUGGUGAGAUGGGCCACGUUGUCGUCGAGCCGCAGGCGACCAAUCUACUUAUCCAACGGGCCAUGGAAAGGCAACAGUUGCAGUACAGUAGAUUCAAGAGCUCUGUGCUGUCCAUUCUCAGCCAUGGCUCAAUGGCAAAGGUCACUCACCAUGUUCUCCGCCAGGCGCUCCAAGAGGAGGAUCCUCUGGCCUUGGAGCUGGCUCGCGCAGGUAACAUCCCAGUCUGCCCUUGCGGCAACGUUGGUGACUUGUGCUCGCUAAGCUCCGGCCGUGCCGCUCUCAAAUAUGCCCAGAGUCUAGCGUCUGAAGGAACCUAUAGCGACGUACCGCGGGAGAUUGACGACGCUUGGCUGCAAGAGGCCAUUGCCUCGAAACAUGCGCUCGGCGUGAAGACGUUGAACCAUGUCACGUACCCGGUCGCCCUGAGAAUUGUGCAGCUGGCGGCCGACAUUGGGCUUGACAAGUUCAUCAUUGUAGGCGGGUUCGUGACCAAGACGGCCAGAAAUGCAUAUAUCCCGGCCCUACAGAGUCACUUGCUGCAACUCAUUCACAAGUCGGCCUAUUUUAGCCACUGGACGGAAGAAAAGGUGCGCAGCAUGGUCAAGGCGGGUGUCGAUGACGACAAUGACAGUCUUUUCGGUGCUGGACAGUACAUUCAAAGUCAAAAAAGGGAUUACCUUGCGGUCGAAAAGGUGGUAGGCCAGCCGAAGCUAGUGACGACGCAGCGGAAAAUGCUGCAGUGCGGCGCCAAGGAAUUCGUGGUCAAGAUUGUCUUUUCUGGCAUCUGCACCACCGACAUGCAAAUCGUCGACGGUACGCGCGGACUGGAGCCUGGCGUUCUCGGCCAUGAAGGCAUCUGCCAAGUCAUGCAAGUCGGAAAAGACGUCAAGGGCGUCGAGAUUGGCGAGAUGAUUGUCCUCAACCCCAACAAUCCGCUCGACGACCACUCCAAGCUCGGUCACAACUUUGACGGCGUCUUUCAGGAGUAUCUCAAGAUUGGCCAAGAAUCGAUUCAACGAAGGCAGAUUCUGUCUCUGGGGCGAUCAGUCGUCCCGCCAGUCUACACUCUGAUUGAGCCGCUGAGCUGCGUGGUGGCUGCCCAAUGUCGCAUCCGCGAUGGCGUCGUGGGGAAGAAUGUCGUCGUCAUUGGUGCCGGGAUGAUGGGGCUCAUGUUUGUGCUCAUGAACCAAAAGAUGGGCGCUCGCAACGUCUUUCUCGCCAAUCGCUCCCGGACUCGUCUGGAUUUCGCGACGUCGAGGGGCAUCGUGGCCGAGGAGGCUACCUUUGUCAUGGACCACGCCGCGUUUUCGCCCGCCUCCAAAAUCUCCAGAGUCGGUGGCGCUGAUGUCAUCAUCAUUGCUGUCUCCUCUGGCCAAGGAAGAGCGGCCACUGAGCUAGCCAUGGAGCAAAUCAACAGCGGCGGAUGCAUCUACCUCUUUGCCGGGUUUCAGCCUGGGGACACCAUCACCACGGACGACGCAAACCAAAAUGUCGACGCGUGGGCGAUUCGAACAGACUGGAAGCAUGAGCAGGUAUCGAUGCGAGGGAAACCUUUGACCCUGUCUGGCCACCGCGGAAGUCGUGUCCAUGACCUCGAGCAGGCAUCAGACCAGAUUCGACAGCACGAGCUCGCCUUUAGCAAGCUGCUGAGCCACGUCAUUUCGCUGGAUGCACUUCCGGACGCGAUGCAGAGCCUGUUAUCAUCCAACAGCGAGAUUCGAGGUAGAGUGCCCAGGCGCGUCGUCAUCGAUCACGCUGCUCCACGACAGACGCUUGAGCCGUACGAAGAAACGCCGCUGCGACAUCUCUACGAGGCGACGAGGAAGCCCAAAAAGGACAUUAGCAAGGGCAACAUUUUUCGCGACAUUGGUUUUGACGGAGAGAGAUCGAUGCUUGGCUGGGUUCUGCCCCCUCCCUGGGCAGCUGUCCGCAAAGAAAUCCAGGCUGUCGUUGACCUGGACUUCGUCGACUCGGCGGAAUUCUUCAUCUGGGUCGGAACCGGGUCAUGGUCGUUUGCGCUCGAGGCACUGCAGCAUGUCGUCGUGCCACGCAGCACCGGCGCUACUACAUUCCUCGUGCUCAACAGCCUGGAUCCAGCCGCUCUGGCCGGGGUGCUGCGACGGAUCGAGGGCCGGCUCUCCCGGGUCGUCUGCGUCGGCAUCUCGCAGUCGGGCUCGACGCUCGAGACGACGAUGCUGAUGGAUACGCUGCGCGGAUGCUUUGAACAGGCCAAGCUCGACCACCACGAGCAUUUUUUGUGGCUGACGGACAUUGGCGGUCCGUCCAAAAUCCACGUGACGGGCGAGGUGACGAUUCGGUCCUCGACCACCACCACGCACGACUGGUCCAAAACGCACAUGGUGCCUUUGACAGUCAAUAACCAUGGAGAUAUCAAUGCUUUGUUUUGUUCGCCGCAUUCCAUGGCCACGCUUUUGCCAUUGUUCAUCUUGCUCGGCAAGGACUGGAAGCGGAUGCAGACUGUCUUCGAGCAGUACGUGUCUCUCCGGCCACAUAUUGCCGAGAAGGUACUUCAAGACACGCAGAGUGUGGCCUUUGCUUUGUUUGAGACUAUCUGGGCCGUCUUUGACAAGGACCUUGGCUCUGCCGCAGACAAGCUGGCAAUCCAGCUGGUAGAACAGGGACUUGGCUCAAAACUGAGCGGCUUCAACCCUAGGCUUGAGGUGUCUACUACGCCUACCACCAGAGCCGGAUCGGACGCUGCCACCACCUUGGAUUUUUCCAGAAUGCCUGGGAGCACACGCCCGGUCACCAAGCUCAUGCUGACAAUGUACGGUCUCUCCAUCUUUGUGGCCGCCAUGGCCUACCACCGCGGCAUCAAUUUCGUGACCCAUCCCAACGUCGAUUUCUACAAGCGCCGCGCAAAACAGCUAGCCCAAGCCAAGAAGAAUGCCGUCUCUAUUCAAUCAACUGUCGAGGAUGUUUGCGCCGCGACCGUCGCCUACGUACAACAAGCACACCCAAAACUCCGUCGCGUCAACCUUCUCUAUUACUGCCACGAGUGGUUCUACGACGGCAGCGCGAUUCUAGAUGCUCUCAUGCGUCAGCUCCACAAAUCAGGAUUCGAGGAUAUUCCGAUUUGCUUGGCUCAAGGAGAAGAAUGGAACCACUCUAGAUUUCAAGGCGCGAUGCAGGCUGAAGAUGCUCUGCACGUCGUGGUGGGCUUUGAGUAUGGGGCCUUCCCAGCAGUACACGGCGUCUCGGACGAAGCCAUGCGAGCCAACUUUCAGAUGCUACAGUCGAUUGCUCGAGCAACGCAUGAGGUGCUUUGUUCGCGAUCCUUGUAUUUCAAGCUGCUUAUUUGA